AUGCUCCCUGCUUGCGCCACCGCGCGCUUCGCUGCCCCGCGGGCCCAGCAGCCUCGGAUCUGCGGCUGGUGCACCGGGCGGCUCGCCGAGGGCGAGGGUCUGGCCCUCACGGAGGGCGGCGCGCUCCUGGAGGUGUGCGAGUUGUGCUACCUCCUCGCGCUGGCGCGGCAGGGGGCGCGCGAGGCGCGGCUGGCACCGCAGGAGCGGGCGCUGCUCGUUGAGCAGGCGCGGCUGCUGGCGGCGCAGAUCACGGCUGUCGACCUUGCGCUGGACAUGGCGGAGGACGGCGCGGUCGCGGGCGCGCAGGCGCGGCUGCUGGAGCGGCAGGUGCGCCCGUCGGCCUCGGAGGCGGCCUCGCGCCCGCGGCUGGAGUUGCGGCUGGCGGAGGCGCUGGAGGCGGCGCGGCUGGUGCGCCGGUGGUGCCCGGGCUCGGCGGCUUCCCUGGCUUGCCUGGAGCCCUUGGCGCGGGCGCCGCAGGCGCGCCCCCCCCUGCCCUCGGGGCGCCUGGCGACGGCGCUGGCGGCGGCGGCGGGGGCGGCGUCGGAGCGGCGCUGGUUGGCGCGCUGGCCGCUGCUGGCGCUGGCGGAGCUGGAGGCGCGGGCGCGCCGCCUGGCGCGGGGCCCGCAGGACCGGGCGCUGCCCUCGGCGUGUUGGGAGGUGCGGUCGUCCCAGCUGCAGGCAGCCGCCCUCGUCGGGGCCAACUGGCGCCAGGGCCUGGCCGUCGAGCUGCCGACCCACGACGUGGCGGGGGCGAUCAGUGGGACCGCGCUGUUCGAGAUCGACGAGGUCGGCGUGCCCGGUGCUGGAGGCCAGUAUCUGAGCGCGCAGUUCAGAGGCGCGUCCCUGCCUGCUGAGGCGAUGCGCUUUGACGGCGCCUUCCCUCCGCGCGGCGGCGGUCCUGCUGGGCUGCUGCACCUCUGCGCGCAGGGGCCUGCGCGGUGUGGCGAGCCUGCGCAGGCAGGGCGGGCCGUCCUGCACGUCGAGUGGCUUCGGCUGCGCUCGACGCGCGGCCUGGUGGAGCCUUGGGUGCGGCCGAGCGCCUUCGGCGGCCGUGGUGGUGGAGCUGGUCGAGGCGGUCCCGCUCCCAUCCCUGGCGGACCCGCCGCCGACCGCCUGGCAGCCGCUGCAGCUGCCCGCGCGCUUGCGGUCGGAGGCGGUGGCGGCCGCGGCGUGGCUGGCCGCGGCAGGCGACGGGCUCGCAGCGAGUCUGGCAGCCGCAGCGACGGCGAAGGCGAGCCGCGUUUUCGAGAUGCCCCCUCCCGCGGCGGCAGCGCACGGCUGCUGGCGGAGAGACAGCCCGGCGCGCUCUACGACGAGGCGAUGCAGAACAUCGCCCGCGCCAUGGGCCUGCGGGAGGGGGCGGACGGUUCCGAGACGAGGCCGAAGGUGGUCGGCUACUUGCAGGCCAUCGUGUUCGGCCACCACGCCGUGUCCCAGCUGCGGAUCAACACGGUGCGCGAGCUCCAGACCUUGGCGACAGCGCUGGACCAGUUCAAGGCGCUAGAGCUCUCUCUGUCGGACGCGGGCUGGCAGGUUGCGAGCGAGCUCGAGAUUGUCCCAGACGCGAGGCCGUCGCUGGCGUCGAUGGACGAGCAGGAUCUGGCGCGGCGCUCGGCGCUGCUGCGGAGGCGCUUGGAGGAUGCCAAGAGCCGCGGAGCCUUCGGGGCGUUCGGCCGCGGCGGCGGCGGCGGCUGCUGCUGCCCUUGCUGCUUCGUGUUCCUCGCGGUCGGCGCGGCGUGCUGCGCCCUGCUGGGCGGCCUCGUCGACGAGUACUCCCUGCGGCCCAGCCGGGACUUCUCCGUGCCGAUCAAUUUGCGGAAGCAGGGCGCGCUGGUGACAGGCAGCUCCUCCGGCAUCGGCCUGGAGGCCGCCAAGGAGCUCUGCAUGCUCGGGGCCCACGUGCUGGUGCACGGCUCGGACCAGAAGAGAACGGCGGACGCGGCCAGCGUCGUGCGCAGAUUUGGCGUCGGUGGCUACGGCCUCGCCACGCCGGUGCACGCCGACCUGGGCGACUUCGACGAGGUGCGGCGACUCGUCGUCGACAUCAAGGCGAGCCUCCCAACAACGCCCCUGAACCUGGUGCUCCUCAACGCCGCCAGGGCGUACAGGAUCGCCUACCUCACCGAGGAGGAGAGGAGGAAGCUGUGGAAGAGGCCGGCAUCUGAUUUUAAGGCCAAAAGCGGUCACGACAAGCUCAUGGCCACGAACCAUCUCGGCCAUUUCCUUCUGCUGCACCAUCUGGCACCCAAGCUCGCUCAGGGGGCCAAAAUCGUAGUCAUGGUGAGCCACAGCAUGUGGCAUGCCAGAUUCGAUCGUAUCAUGCUUGACCCUGCACAGCGUUUCAGGUGGGAGGCUAAUCGGGACACCGCUUGGUGGGCAUACCACGAGUCGAAAUUGGCUAAUUUGUGUUUUGGAAGGGCCCUCAGGAAGCGCCGGGGGCAGUUUAAGAACGCCACCGUUGUCAUCCACGACCCAGGUUAUGUACAGUCGAACAUGGUGAAGGCCCGGGAUGAGAAUUGCAAGGGGCCCGAUUGGGAGUGCUACAAGAGCCCGAGUUCUGGUUCUUGGAAGGACCCGAACUUGAAGAGGUGGCACGCGCCGACAGAGGAGGGCGGAAGGCGAUUCGUCGAGGCGGCAUACGUGCACGGACGCCCAGAGCCAGACGUUGUGGGCUCAUAUUUCUUGCCCCCUCUGUGGACAUGGUGGUACGGCAGGAGGCAUUUGCCCGUGCUGGGGGACAUGGUGGACUUCCGCAUCAGGCACACCACCGUGUCGGAGCUCUUCCUCGAUUAUGAGUGGUUCUCGUGGGGGAAGCUCUGGGUCCAGGAGGGCCCCGAGUGCACGGAGGCCUUCGAGGACCAGCUCUGGGCCUGGAGCGAGCGGGCCGCCGAGGUGGCGCGGCCCCUGCCGCCGCCACCGCCCAAGCCGAAGCCCGCGGCGCAGCAGCCCGCGCCGCCCGCGGCCGGCAAGGGCCGCGCCUGA